CAUCCAGUUAGAAGCCAUUGUAUUAGUAGGGACUGUAGCCGCAUCUUUACAGUUAUAACGUACAGUUACGUGUUAAACCGUUUUUAAUCCGUGAGUGUUAACACCCGAGCAGCGUAAUUAUAGAUUUGAACAGUAAACUAGAGUCUGUUGUCGAGGAAGUAAAGGAAAACAAGAAAUUCACGAAGGUCUAACGACGACUGUAUUUUUCAUCCGGGACGUUAAGAUCGGCGGAGGAAUUCAUCCGACUCCGCAGACAUCGGAAGAGGGGAAAAAAAAAGCGCCGCCUAAUUCCGCACCAAUUGGUUAUUUCCUUCAGAUAUCUUCGUUUUACAGUCCGCGUUUGGGUUUUUCUCUUAGGUCUGUGCGCUUAAUUUAGAUGGCAAGCUUUCCAGACUCUGUCAACGAAAAUGAUAUAGGUAAGGCUAAGUUCAUCGGUGAACUCGUGGUGCCUGUUGCUCCCUUCGACCAGAAGUCUGGGCGGGAGGCUUGGACAGUAGCCUUUGCACCCAAUGGUUCCUACUUUGCUUGGUCUCAGGGGCAUCGCAUCGUCAGGCUCAUUCCCUGGACAAAAUGCCUGAAGGACUUUUCGAUGGGCCAGUGUGGGGAGGGCACGAAUGCCUCAAGCCCCCGGCGUCUGUCCCGGCAGAACAGCGACGGCGGCAAGCUGAUCCCAGCGUCGAGCGAGCCCUGCGAACGCACCAUCGACUGCGGUGACAUCGUUUGGGGCCUGGCCUUCGGGUCCUCUGUGCCGGAGAAGCAGAGUCGCUGCGUCAACAUCGAGUGGCACCGCUUCAAAUUCGGCCAGGACCAGCUGCUACUGGCAACGGGCCUCAACAACGGUCGCAUCAAGAUCUGGGAUGUUUACACUGGAAAACUGUUGCUGAAUCUGAUGGACCACACUGAUGUGGUGCGAGACUUGACCUUUGCCCCUGACGGCAGCCUCAUGCUGGUCUCUGCAUCCAGAGAUAAGACCCUCCGUGUGUGGGACCUCAAAGAUGAUGGUAACAUGGUGAAGGUUUUGCGGGGGCAUCACAACUGGGUGUACUGCAGUGCCUUCUCCCCCGACUCCUCCAUCUUGUGCUCAGUUGGCGCCGGCAAAGCAGUGUUUCUAUGGAACAUGGAUAAGUACACGUUGAUCCGGAAGCUGGAGGGGCACCACAAUGACGUGGUGUCCUGUGAGUUUUCACCGGAUGGGGCACUGUUGGCCACUGCCUCUUACGACACCAGGGUCAUUGUAUGGGACCACCACAAGGCCACCAUCCUGCUGGAACUGGGACAUCUCUUCCCUCCUCCUUCACCCAUUUUUGCUGGAGGGGCAAAUGACCGCUGGGUUCGCUCUGUGAGCUUCUGCCCUGACGGCCGCCACAUUGCCAGCAUCACUGAUGACAGGCUGGUUCGUUUCUGGAGCAUCGAGGAAAGGGCCCCUCAGGCCAUCGCCCCUCUCUCUAAUGGCCUCUGUUGUGCCUUCUCUGCUGAGGGAAGUGUCCUUGCUGCUGGGACUCGUGAUGGUAGCGUGCACUUCUGGGAGUGUCCUCGUAGCGUUGCCAGUCUGCAGCACAUGAGCAGGAUGGCUCUCCGCCGGGUCAUGACCACCCAGCAGGUAGAGGCUCUGGCCAUUCCAACGCCGCUCCGCGACUACCUGACAUACAAAGUCAUCUAAAAACCACCUCAGCUACCCACCCACCACCCCCAGCUGCACAUGCCACAGCAGCAGUAUGCUGAAAAACCAAUGAGUCCCUUAUUUUCUGAAAGGUAUUUUGGAAAACACUUUUUCAUACAACUGUGAUGGAUAAAUGGAUGUGAUCGGGACAGGAGGAAAAGAAUUUAAAAUUUCACUGAAUCCCCAGAGACACGUCCACAUCUCAAACCCCCCACCACCACCACCAAAUCCACCUAGAGCAGGAUAUUAUGUUUUAUCAUACAUAUUUAUUUUUGUAAGUGAUUUUGAAUAAAUCGAAUGUGCUGGGGCCGUUGCUCCAUCCAUACCUGUAAGGUUAAAGUACUUCUGGAGCCUCCUGUCCCCCUCCAUCAUAUCAGUGUGGUACCUGUAACUGCUCAGCUCCUCGUCCGGCUGGCUCCCCCUCUCUCUACCAGGUUCAGUAAACGCUUCGUCUUUCCCUCUGACCUGAAACGGCUGUUGCACUUGAUGUAAGAAGCUUUGCAGUGGUGUUUGCUCUUAAUGUCAGGUUUGCAAGUGGGUGAGCCUAAGGGAAGAGACGUGGGGUGUGUAACGGACGCGGAGUUUUUGAAGGCCAAUCCUCCGAUCUGUGAACUGCUGAUACUGUGGACUAUAUAUUAUACUGUGGAAUUUGUACAUUAUUGUCACGACAUAAAAGAAAAACAAAAAUCAAGCCGUUACCGUCCUCUCAAAGAUUUUGAAUAUUUGUCUGAAACAGUAUUAACACCAUCAUGGCACUUAUCACUGAAACCCAGACUUCUUUUAUGUGGGUAAUCAGUAGUUUUUAUUUCCAAUGUAUCAGCCCUGAAAUGAUCCAUACAGUAUGUGACCUUGACUCAUUUCAUUUCUGCUGUUUGGUCACACCAGAAACAGAGUUUCACCACUAACCGUUAAGCACAACAUUACCGAGUACAAUAACAAAAAAACAUUUCACUAUUAAGGUCACAUCAAUACAUCAGUUGACAUUAGCUAGUUGCUAAUGAUAAUGCUAAUGCUAAACUGAGGUAAGGAAAUGCAAAAGACAUUUCUUAAAGUUAGUUUACAAAACUACCUUUUAAGUUAGUAAGUUUUGCUUACAGUUAUGUAAGCAAAACUUACAUAACUGUAAGUUUUGAUAAUGCUACAUGGCUACAUUGCUAACAUUAGCAUUAACGGCGGUUUACUUACCAGUCUAGAAGAAAGGUUAAGAGUUUAACAUCAAACUUCA